AUGAAACUCUCGAUCUCAGCUGAGUGUGUUUCAGGUCCGUGUCUCCGUCAGUUCCCGGUCCUCGCUGCUCCGGCCUCUCCCCACGCUCCGGCCUCUCCCCACGCUCCGGCCUCUCCCCACGCUCCGCUCUGCUCGGUGCCACAGAACGGAGCCCACUAUGAGCGGCUGUUGGCCCCUGGUCAGAACGUCUCCCAUGACGUCAUCAGGGAGGUCCACUGCGACCCCUACUCCUCUGCUGCAGACCCAGGGCAGAUGAGGAGGACCAUCACCCUCCCUGAAGAGUGCAAGACUGUUUUCAUCACUUACUCUGUCGACGCAGACAUCGUUCCCUUCGCAAAGUUCCUCCUCGCCAACGGGUUCACGCCAGCGAUUGAUAUUUUUGACGGCCCGAUUCGAAGCAUGGACACCACCAAAUGGAUGGACCGCUAUCUGAACGAUAAGUCGUUGUUGAUCCUCGUCGUCAUCAGUCCUCAGUACAAACAGGACGUGGAGGGACUGGGUCCGGACCAGCACCGGCUUCACACCAAGUACAUCCACAAACAGAUCCAAAACGAGUUCAUCCAACAGGGCUGUCUUAACUUCCGGUUGGUGCCGGUGUUGUUUCCGGGAGCGACUUUGCGACACGUUCCCAACUGGCUCCAGAGCACGAAGCUCUAUCGCUGGCCCCAAGACGCCUCAGACCUGCUGCUGCGGCUCUUCAGGAUGGAGCGCUACAUCGUCCCGAGCCCUGGACCUGGACUCACUCUGUCUGUGCGUCCGCUGUGA